AUGGACUUCGAAUACUCUCCCCACCGCUCAGCUGGAGGAACUCUGCAUAUGCUUUCGCCGACCCACUCUCAAUACUCUAUCGACGCGUUUCCCUCUAUCAAACAAAUCCGACGCUCCUUGUCGCGUUCUCCCUCGAAGCCGUCGCGUUACCAUCUCGUCUCCAGGUCUCCCAAGAAGUCUCCUCCUCGCUCUGGUCUAUCGCGUGCACUAAGUGCAAACACUGGCGCCGAUUCGUCCCUCAAGAACAAGUUGUUGCUGCGACGGAACGCCCCUGUUCGCGCCAAUGCGCGCAAAGAGACACCACACACUUUGAGACGCGCUUUGAGUGACGCCAGCAGCCAGGCCAACACAGUAGCCAUGGAACUAACUCAACAACCCACUCCCGGCGACCAAGAGAACGCAUAUCUGACAUCACCCACCUCAAGACAUCUGGAAGUGCCCCGCGACACUCGCUUCGAAGUCGACGAUGAACCCAUCAAGUUCGAUUUCCUCAAAGGCCGCAACAGCUUGUCAUUGGCCAUGAGUGGAACUCCGGCAAAAUCAAGUCCCCUGAAGCGCAGCGAUGGGGUUAUGAAUCUCGAUCAGGUCAACCUUGGUAGUCCCAGAGCCAAGCGACGUAGUUUGCAUAGCGCCUCUCUCGGUGUUGACUUCGAUGUCUUCGAGCAGGCCUUCGAAGGCGCCAACAAUGGCUUCAGCGACGAUGAGCCUACUUCCGUAUCGCCUGUGCGUCAAAGAUCUCCUCAACGCAACAAGCCUUUCAGCCUCCGAAGGACCACUCUCCAGCAACGAGUAGUUGGAGCACCUCGUGCCAGGCCUUUCUCAGACUUGAGCGAGUCACCGAGUGGCCACUCAAAGGCACGGGCUAGAAUGUCUCUUGAUGGCUCGCUGCCGCUUCGUGGUCUUGAACCCUUGAUCCACCUUCCUCCCCCUGAACAGAAGGCCAUUUCUCGUUCAGCACCGAAACCUCACCCACUCUCCAAAGCACUGAGCCCAUCAAGUUCAGCAUCAAGCCUUGGUGAGGACACGCCACGUCUAUCGCCGAAAAAGCCACAGUUCUCUAGACCUUACCCCGGCUUUUCCAAGAGUCUGCCUAUCGGAGCGCUCAGACCAAAGCCACACACCGACUCGAGUGGCUCGAGCGAUUCGUUCGAGACGCCGGAAGCCUACAAGAUGGCAAAGCCAUUGCCUCAGGCUUUUAUGUCGACCGGCUUGAUCUCUAAGCGUAAUCGAAAUGUCGACCUUCCCCAGUCUUCAUUUGGUAGCAGCAUGAACAUGCCUGACACGCCCUCGAAAAAGACCAUGCUGCCUCACCUCGGUGGAGGCACCCCAGCUCCUGCAGCCAAUUUUGGCAAGUUCUCUCGUCCGCUUCACGAGUUUGGUUCUCCCACUACUCCUUGGAGUCCCCAUCCAGUCCAAGCAUCCCCUGAAUCGUUCGGAAAAGGCGUCAACAUCUUUGGUCUCGGCUGCUCCUCGGGAAAGUCAAACCGACGUAGCAGCUUCCUCAGUAUUACUGAUGAGGACCUCUCCAAAUCGCCUUCUGUUCAUAUGGACGUGCAAGCAAGCGGCGAUGAGAUGCCGCCCACUCCCACCAAAGCCGCUUCAUCCGGAUCUACCACCAUCCGACCAACAUCCAAGGGCAAGGGAAACAGCUUGCGAAGCUCCCUGUUUGGACGCAGAUCGUCAAUUGCACCUGACACAUUCAACCCACCCACCUCAGAGGAUCAGCAGCCAGCAAAUGACUGUAAGUAUAUUUCCUCAACUACUCCUGCUUCGGAGUCAAAGACAAGUGGGGCGUCGACUCCAUCUCUUACUAUCACUCCAUGUGGCUCGCCAUCUUCUCCUUCAUUUGAACAAGCCAUGAGCCUCCGGCAAUCUCAUCGUAAAUCUUGCCCAUCUCCUCUUACUCUUCGGUGUCGGGAAUUUCCUUCUUUUUCUUCUUCUUCUACCUCAUCUGCAGGAGAUGCUGAAGCAAAGCAACUAUUAGCAGUCACACCAUCUAGCCGAUCCAGCUUUACGGAUACGAAUCUCCCACCGCAGACUCCUCAGGAGAGCUUCACCCCUCCGGAUCCCAGCGGCCUGUCUAUCUCCGGCGAACACCGCGGACCAGUUUUGUUUGGUAUGAGCGGCCUCCAAAGCUCAAACAGUUUCCCUCCUGCUACACCCACUGGACCACGAGACUCGGGCAUGAACUUUGGUGCAAGCAUUGGCCCUGGUGCCUUUGGAGCCUCGGUGUCUGGUUUCUUUGCCAACGAUGUCGACACAGCCCUGACGUCCCGUUUCGAGAGUGUCCAGGCCAUUGGUCUGGGCGAGUUUUCUCAGGUCUAUCGUGUCUCUAAGCCAGUUGUUGGCAGUCCAGCUGCUCGCCAUGGCGUCACUCGCAAGCUUGGAAAUGUUUGGGCUGUCAAAAAGUCGAAGAAGCCAUACCUUGGCGUCAAGGACCGUGAGAACAAGAUGAGAGAAGUCCACGUCCUCCAGGCUCUUCGUGGUAACGAACACAUUCUCGAUCUCUGCGAUUCGUGGGAAUCGAAGAACCAUCUUUAUAUUCAAACCGAGUUCUGCGAGAACGGCAACCUCAAGGACUUCCUUACUCAGACUGGUUUCAAGGGCCGAUUGGACGACUUCCGCAUCUGGAAGAUCCUGCUUGAGAUGUCUCAGGGCGUCAAAUGCAUUCAUGAUGCAGGAUUUAUCCAUCUUGACCUCAAGCCAGCCAAUGUGCUGAUUGACUGGGAAGGAGUCCUGAAGAUUGCAGACUUCGGCAUGGCUACGACAUGGCCUGCACCCAGACACAUUGAGGGAGAGGGCGACCGUGAAUACAUCGGUCCCGAAGUGCUCUCUGGCAAAUUCGACAAGCCCGCUGACAUCUUCUCCCUGGGCAUGAUCAUGCUUGAGAUCGCUGGAAACAUCGUACUUCCCGACAAUGGCUUGCACUGGCAGAGACUACGCAGCGGCGACCUCAGUGACGUUCCCAGCCUUACUUGGAGCUCGGAGAAUAGUCUUCCCAGAUAUGAGUCUGGCGAGCCUAUGAUUGAUGACAACGAAGAGACUAUUCGUUUCGACGACGACAUGGACAUGGGCAAUCAGCCUACUGGGGGCACACACCGAAGACGUGAGCUGGCGCAGCCACCCAACUUCAUGAUUGACCCCAACGACAGCGAGGCUCUGGACAAAGUGGUCGAGUGGAUGAUUUGCCCAUCUCCUGAGCAAAGACCGGUCAUUAACGAGCUUCUCAACUGCGGUGGAGUGCAGUGGGUCGAGCAAAGGAGACGGGCAGGCGCCACGAUUUAUGAGGGCAACUGGGGGCCGGCAGAUGAUGUCCUCAAUGCUGGUCACGACAUCGACAUGGUUGACAUCUAA